AGUCGAAGCAAAAGCCCUUGCGAUCAAACGAAAAUUACAGAAGAUUAAUCAGUCAACCCCGCAGAGAUGUCGAACUUCUUCUCCAAGGCGGAGGUGACGAGCAGUGUCCGCCCUGUCUUCCUCCGGAACGAAGUUGAAUGCCACCUUCUUUCCGGUGUCGACGUCGAACCUGAAGAUUACCAAUUCUCCCCUUUAAAAUCGGGUAUCCUCAUCCUCACCACCCACCGCCUCCUUUGGCUCUCUUCUUCUUCCGCCACCACCCCUACUUCCGCCUCAUCCAUCCCUCUCGCCGCCAUUUCACAUAUCUUCUCCUCCAAAAAAUCUCUCAAGUCUGUGUUCCACUCCCCCAGGAUCCGCUUCCAAGUCCUCGUCUCAUCCGAUGGUCGGGUUUUCGAUCCGGGUUCUGGGUCUGGUUCCAGUAUAGGUUCGGGAUCGAGAUCGGUUGUUGUGACGGCAGUGGUUAGAGGGAAGGGAGACUGUGAUGGGUUUUUGGUGAAGUUUUGGGACAGUUGGCGGGCGAGAGCUUGGGAGAGUAAUGAGACUUCAGGUUCAGGAUCUGGUACCGGCUCGGGCUUAGCUUCUGGUUCAGGGGCAGGCACAGGAACCGGUGGGGGGUUGUACUCGACUGACGGGUCCGUGAGAAUGGUUGGCGUGGCGGGGAUUUUAAGGAAGGAGCAAGAAAUGUGGGAGAGCACUGAUAAGAGUUUGCAGGAUGCUUUUCAGGACUUAAAUGCUCUCAUGAGUAAAGCUAAAGAGAUGGUGAUGCUAGCAGAAAAAAUGAGGCAAAAGCUUUUGUCUGGAACCAGUUCUCAAACAAGUGGAACUAAUGACGAGGAGAUGGGUUCAAAAGAGGAGAUGCAAGAUUGGCUGUUGAGUGUUGGUAUAAUAUCCCCAGUUACUAAGGAGUCUGCAGGUGCCCUGUACCAUCAACAACUGUCCCGUCAGCUGGCAGAUUUUGUGAAAACGCCACUGGAGAGAGCAGGUGGAAUGAUCAACCUCAUAGAUGCCUAUUGUCUCUUCAAUCGUGCUCGAGGCACAGAAUUGAUCUCUCCAGAUGAUAUGUUGCAAGCAUGUUCUUUGUGGGAGAAGUUUGAUGUUCCAGUGAUGCUUAGGAAGUUUGAUAGUGGAGUCAUGGUCAUCCAAAACAAGUCCCAUAGUGAUGAAGAGGUUUUUGCUAGAAUCAAAAGCCUUGCGACUAAGCCCGAAGCACUUCGAAAUGGCAUAAGUCCAACUGAUGCUGCGAUGACAUUAGGUAUUGCUCCAGCCAUGGCAAAGGAGCAUCUGCUAACUGCAGAGAGCAAAGGUUUUCUAUGCAGAGAUAUAAGCCCCGAUGGCUUUCGGUUUUAUAUUAACCUGUUUCCUGAAAUCGACCCAAGUAAUAUCUACUUUGUGAAGGAUUAUGGGAUCUGCAGCACAUGGAUCAAAGCAGUUUCUACUUCUGGUUGAGACAAAAGCAUUUGUCUUUAGAUUUCCAGAACUGUUCUGUCAUACUGCUCCCGUGUGCUCGAUUAUGGUAAUGACAUGCCGAUAACUUAUGAUCCAGUUUAGUUUUGGUCGUGAAUGCGAAUAACAUACAAACCAACGGCAAGAUGAAGGAAAACUGGUAAGAAACUCAUAAAUCCGAACCUUUUUAUUGUUUAUCUGUUCAAUUGUAACAAAGGGUAAGCAACACUAUAUAUAUAUAUAUAUAUAACAAAUCCAUGAUUUGAGUGUCUAUUUAUAUAAAUGAAUUUACAUAUCAAAAUUGGUAGAUUUGAUGCACCAGAAGUAAAACAAUUGACUGUCAAAUUCUGCCAGGAUUGUUGUUUAUGUAGCCAUUUGGUAACCGCGUUUCAAAGUUGAAGUUCCAUAGAUAUUUAAUAUGAAUCUUAUAUCCAAUUAUAUUUGA